AGAGAGAGCUCUGAGAGAGCGAGAGAGCAAAGCAGUCCCAGGCUUCCUGCCUGCCCGCACGUCAGUGGGCAGAAACCAGGCACGCUGAAGGAGACUGGGAGAGAGAGAGACAGAGAAAGACGCAGAGCCGGAGAGAAGUGAGAUCCUCCCUGACCCCAGGAACGAGCACUCGAGCACUCGCGGAGUGGAGGCACCUGACUUUGGGGGCUAUCGCUAGCUCUGCCAGCUGGCUUGUUCUGUCUCUUUCCUGGAUCCCCUCUUCUUGCUCCCAGCCAAGGAAGGAAGGAAGAGAAGGGACAGAGGGGCAGAGGGGGCUCUGUCUGGAGGUGAGCGCAGCCUCUGCCCUCAGGAAUUUGCUUCGCAGCAAGCUCCUCUCGGUUCCCUUCUGCCCAUCCCCAGCCCGGUUGUGAAAGCAAAGCGACUCGCAGAAGCUGGUCCAACCAAGCAGUGAAGAAUAAAGACCCUUCUAGAAAAAAAAAAAAAGAACACAGAUUCCCUGGUUCCUGCUGAGUGCUGCAGACUAAUCUGGAACCUGGAACUUGGGCUGAAAUGAUGGGGGUGAACUCAGCAGCUGGAGUCUUCAGGAGCAUGCUCAUCGGCCUCCACCUGAUCCUUCUGGGGACCCUGCUUCAGCCUUCAGGGUGUCAGCUGGAGGUGUCCACCGAGAGGAUCCCAAGACAGGUCCCGGAAGAGGAGGGUGUCCUGGCCAGUGAAAAUAGCUCCUCUGGCCAGGAGCAGCCACUUCAUUUCAACCAUGAGUACAACGUCAAUGCACUACUGGACAGGCCCUGCUCAUCGGGGCUGGAGGCAUCAGCUGAGCAGGAGCUAAACACCCCAGAUGAGGCACUCGUGGAGUACACAGGCCACACCUCGGACCCUGAGAGCCAGGUCACCUUCACCCAUAGAAUCAACCUCCCCAAGAAGGCCUGUGCAUGUGCCAGCUCUGCCGAGACACUGCAGGAGCUGCUAAGCCGGAUCGAGCUGCUGGAAAGGGAAGUGUCUGUGCUCAGGCACCAGUGUGAAAGCCGCUGUCUGCAGAAUGCGGCCACAGGCCAACUGGACUAUAUCCCGCACUGCUCCGGCCAUGGGAACUUCAGCCUCGAGUCUUGCGGCUGUGUGUGUGAUGUGGGCUGGGCAGGCCCCAACUGCUCGGAGCCCCGCUGCCCGCUGGGCUGCUCAGACCCGGGUGCCUGUGUGGACGGCGGCGAGUUCAGCAGGGGCGCCUGCGUGGAGCCAGAACCCGAGCUCGAGCAGCGCUGCCCGGCAGAUUGCAGCGGCCGCGGUCUGUGCAUGGACGGCGAGUGCGUGUGCGAGGAGCCCUACGCAGGUGACGACUGCGGCCAGCUGCGCUGCCCUGGGGACUGCUCUGGGAAGGGGCAGUGUGCCAACGGCACGUGUGUGUGCCAAGAAGGCUACGUGGGUGAUGACUGCGGCCAGCCGCUGUGCCACAACGCCUGCAGUGGCCGCGACCACUGCUCAGACGGCUCCCUGCAGCCGGACUGCUCUGCAGUAGUUCCCCCUCCAGAGGACUUGCAAGUGGCUGGUGUCAGCGACAGGUCCAUUGAGCUGGCAUGGGACGGGCCGAUGGCAGUGACGGAAUAUGUGAUCUCUUACCAGCCGACGGCCCCGGGGGGCACUCAGCUCCAGCGACGGGUGCCUGGAGAUUGGACGGGUGUCACCAUCACGGAGCUGGAGCCAGGUCUCACCUACAACAUCAGCGUCUCCGCUGUCAUUAGCGACAUCCUCAGCCUCCCCAUCACUGCCGAGGUGGUCACCCAUCUCUCCACUCCUCAGGGGCUCCAGUUCAAGACUAUCACUGAGAGCACUGUGGAGGUUCAGUGGGAGCCUUUGGACUUCCCCUUCGAUAGCUGGGAGAUCAGCUUCAUUCCCAAGAAUAAUGAAGGUGGGGUGAUUGCUCAGCUCCCCAGCGAUGUCACGUCCUUCAACCAGACAGGACUGAAGCCUGGGGAGGAAUAUGUCGUGAAUGUCGUGGCCCUUAAGGACCAAGCUCGAAGCCCCCCGACUUCGGCCAGUGUAUCCACUGUCAUCGAUGGUCCCACACAGAUCCUGGUCCGGGACGUGUCGGACACAGUGGCGUUCGUGGAGUGGACGGCACCGCGUGCACGGGUGGACUUCCUGCUCCUGCAGUACGGUCUGCUGGAUGGGACGGGCAGCCGCACAUCCUUUCGGCUGCAGCCAGCGCUCAGCCAGUACUCAGUGCAGGCCCUGCGGCCUGGUGCCCGCUACCAGGUGGGCAUCAGCGCCAUCAGGGGUGCCAACGAGAGCAAGGCCAGCAUCACCCAGUUCACCACUGAAAUCGAUGCCCCCAAGAACCUGCGGGUGGGAUCCCGCACAGCCACCAGCCUUGACCUGGAGUGGGACAACAGCGAGGCAGAGGUCCAUGCCUACAAGGUCGUAUACAGCACCCUGGCGGGUGAACAAUACCAUGAGCUGCUGGUCCCCAAGAUCUCGGGUCCUGCCAGCAGAGUUACUCUCACAGACCUGGUGCCUGGCACUGAGUAUGGGGUCGGGAUAUCGGCUGUCAUGAGCACUCAGCAGAGCAUGCCUGCCACCAUGAAUGCCAGGACAGAACUGGACAGCCCCCGGGACCUCACAGUGAGAGCCUCGUCUGAGACGUCCAUCUCUCUCACGUGGACCAAGGCCAGCGGCCCCAUCGACCACUACCGCCUCACCUUCACCCCAGCUUCAGGCAUCGCCUCUGAGGUCACUGUGCCCAGGCAUGCAACCUCCUACACCCUGACAGACCUCGAACCUGGGGCCGAGUACCUGAUUUCCCUCACCGCUGAGCGGGGCCGGCAACAGAGUGCGGAGUCCACUGUGGAUGCUUUCACAGGCUUUCGCCCCAUCUCGCACCUGCAUUUCUCUCAUGUGACCUCCUCCAGUGUCAACAUCACUUGGAGCGACCCUUCGCCCCCGCCUGACAGGCUUGUCCUCAGCUACAGUCCCCGGGACCAUGAGGAUCAGGCAUUGCAGGUGACCCUGGACCCUGCCAAGAGGCAUGCAGUGUUGGAGGGGCUGCAGCCAGCCACCGAGUAUAUCGUGAAUCUGGUGGCCGUCCAUGGUGCCAUCACCUCCGAGGCCAUUGUGGGCUCCAUCACCACGGGCAUUGAUCCCCCUAAAGAUAUCACCAUCAGCAACGUAACCAAGGAUUCAGUUGUGGUGUCCUGGAGCCCCCCUCUUGCCUCUUUCGAUUACUACCGUGUCUCCUACCGGCCUACACAAGUGGGGCGCCUGGACAGCUCCGUGGUACCCAACACGGUUCGGGAAUUCACCAUCACCAAGCUGCACCCUGCCACUGAGUAUGAGAUCAGCCUCAACAGUGUGCGGGGCCGUGAGGAGAGCGAGCGAGUCUGCACCCUCACGCACACCGCCAUGGACACCCCCGCAGAGCUGAUGGCCACCAACGUGAGCCCCACGGAGGCACUGCUGCAGUGGCAGGCGCCCGCAGGGGAUGUGGAGAACUACAUCAUCGUCCUCACCCACUUUGCAGUUGCUGGGGAGACCAUCGUGGUGGAUGGGAGCAGCGAAGAGUUCCAGCUUGUAGACCUGCUACCCAGCACCCACUACACAGCCUCUCUCUACGCCACCAGUGGACCCCUCACCAGUGACACCAUCAGCACCAACUUCUCCACACUCCUGGACCCUCCUGUCAAUCUGACCGCCAGUGAGGUCACCCGGCAGAGCGCCCUCAUCUCCUGGCAGCCACCCAGGGCAGCCAUUGAGAACUACAUUCUAACAUAUAAAGCCACAGAUGGCAGCCGCAAGGAGCUGAUGGUGGAUGCGGAGGACACAUGGAUCCGGCUGGAUGGGCUGCUGGAGAGAAGUGACUACACAGUGGCCCUGCGGGCAGCCCAGGGUGGGGAGCGCAGCAGUGCCACAUCCACAGCCUUCAGCACAGGGGGCAGAGUGUUCCCACACCCUCAAGACUGUGCCCAGCAUCUGGCAAAUGGAGACGCUCUCAGUGGAGUCUACACCAUCUUCCUCCAUGGUGAGCUUAGCCAGAAGCUGCAGGUGUACUGCGACAUGACCACUGAUGGUGGCGGCUGGAUUGUGUUCCAGCGGCGGCAGAAUGGCCACACUGAUUUUUUCCGGAAAUGGCCCGAGUACCGCACUGGCUUCGGAAACAUGGAGGAUGAGUUCUGGCUAGGGCUAGACAGUAUCCACAGAAUCACUUCCCAGGGUCGCUACGAGCUUCGAGUGGACCUACGGGAUGGUCAGGAGUCAGCCUUUGCCUCCUACGACAGAUUCUUGGUGGAAGACAGCAGGAGCCUCUACAAGCUGCGCCUCGGUGGAUACAAUGGCACUGCAGGGGACUCCCUCAGCUAUCAUCAGGGACGCCCUUUCUCUACACAGGACCGAGACAAUGACGUGGCAGUAACCAACUGUGCCAUGGCCUACAAGGGGGCAUGGUGGUACAAGAACUGCCACCGGACUAACCUCAAUGGGAAGUACGGAGAGUCCAGACACAGCCAGGGCAUCAACUGGUACCACUGGAAAGGGCACGAAUUCUCCAUCCCCUUUGUGGAGAUGAAGAUGAGGCCAUAUGACCGCCGUCUGCAGAUGGGGUGGAAGCGACGGUCCCUGAGCAUCUGAGAGGCCCACAGACCUUCUCCCACAUUGUCUAUAUCUGAUACUGUGGGACACAGACUGGGGGGAGGGGUGGCCACCUCAUGAGAGGCCUCGAAGAAAGACAGUGAGUCCCCCUGGUUUCUGCUGCUCCUUUCAGCCCGCCAUCUUCUGCAUCCCCUCUCUCUCUCUGCCACUCAAGAGGAAAGAAGGACCUUCUCUUCAGAGACCAUCUCAAAGGCCAGCCCUAGCAACAAGCAGCACCUCCUUCCUCUAUCUUCUGCCUUCCUUCACCUCUGAGAAUAUGAGUUCAAUGGUCAGGUCAUCAUAGUGACCCAGAGAGCUGUGUCCCCACCUCCCUCCUGAGGGAACUUGAACCUCGCCCCAGGCCCAGCACCCACAUCUCUUCACUGGUCUGGUGGGUGCUAAGAGUUUCAUCCAUGUGCCAAACCUGACCACAAACCAUGUCUUCUGCAAUGACCUCA